AUGGUGAAGGACACACAACAAAACAGGGAAGGAAGAGGUGGGGCGGACUGCCACUCCUUCACGAAGCUUUCUUUGGCCUCCCAGUAUGAACGAAUGCAGCGUGAAUUUGCGCUGCUGCAACGUCAGGAGGAUCCACGAAGUAUUAACUUCGCCACCUCACUGAAAAACAUGUCUAAGAAUCGUUACCUGGACAUCUUGGCCAACGAGGCUACCCUUUACCCGCAGUCCACUGACUCGGCCAAAGCUUCGCCUCAGUACUACAUCAACGGCAACCUCAUUGACCUCGGUCUGCCCCACACGUUUGUGGCUUGUCAAGCACCAGUGGUGGGGGGAAUACCGGACUUUUUGACGAUGCUCUACGAGAAGAAGGUAAAACUCGUUGUCAUGGUCACAAAACUGAGGGAGGGAGGGACUAUAAAGGCGGAUCGCUACUGGCCCGAGGGGGAUGGGCCGUCAUCUAUUACCGUUCCGGGCACUGCUGGGCUAACGAUUGCAAGAGAAUUAGGGGAGGUGUGCGAGGCGGAGCGGGAGUUGAAGCUUACGCGGCGUUACCUGACUCUUCAGCGGCCCAAUGAGCCGCCGCACAAGUUGCUGCAGGUGCAGUACACCGGCUGGCCGGAUCACGGGGUGCCACAGUCUGCCGCGUCCUUUGAAACCCUUCUGUCUAUUGUGAAGGCGUCUCCUACGACAGCCCCCGUGGUUGUUCAUUGUAGUGCUGGCAUUGGGCGAACCGGGACACUGAUUGCCGCCUACGGUGUGUUGGCCCACCUGGAGCGGGGGACGUUGACCGACACGACGGUCUACGACGUUGUGUCCACGAUGCGGCGACAGCGGUUUGGGAUGGUGCAGCGGAUGGAGCAGUACUUUGUCAUUUACUUUAUUCUGCUAACUCGACUUGGUUUCGACGUCAGUUCACUUGCCGCUCUGUUGAAUGGCAAGAUCACAUCUGCGGCAGCGGCGGUGGUAGGAAGAAGGUCACAGAGAUAG